AUAAAAUCGGAAUUUAUUACGAACAUUUGCCAGCUUCGCUUCCGUUUACAACAUCACUGGGUGAUGUAAAUCCUCCAGCUAUAGAUGAAGAGGGUAAUGCUAAAAAAAUUUUCACUAUUACUAAUAAGGAAUUGCAAGAAGCCAUUAAUUCGCAAAAUGAUUUUGAUUUAGUAAGCAAUAUCGAUUUAUUUAAU